AGAACUCGUUUUAUAGGAUGAUGGCUCGAGCCUGUCCAGUGCCGAAUGGAGAAGUUAACACUAAACCUCCGCAAACUGGAACCCCAAUCGUCACCACAACCGAUGAGAAUGCUGUUCAAACUGCGAGUGAUAUUUUGUGCAGGGGAGGGGUGGUUGCCUUGCCAACUGACACCAUAUAUGGUGUCUGCUGUGCAGUUAACAACACUAACGCGAUAAACAAGAUCUAUCAGAUAAAAGGAAGAUCGUUCAGCAAACCUUUGGCCAUCUGCGUUUCUUGCGUCCAGGAAAUUCCAAAGUGUGUGGAUAUAGGCGGCUCAGAAACAAUCCUUUCCAAACUUCUUCCCGGUGGAGUGACAAUAGUCCUGCCCCGUACCUCCAGCCUCAACCCAGCACUCAACCCAGGAUUUCAAACUGUGGGGGUCAGAGUCCCUGACUACCACUUCGUGUUGGACCUCUGUACUGCUGUGAGGGGACCUAUUGCUCUGACCUCCGCUAACAUAUCGAAUGGUCCUAACUCUACUUGUAUCGAGGAGUUUAAAGAAAUCUGGGAUGAUUUAGAUCUGAUCGUGGACGGAGGACAGUUGCCGCUGAGCGUGGGGAGUACUGUUGUGGAGAUAUCUGAUCAUUCCUUCUCCGUCAUCCGACCUGGCAGAGAUUACGAAAAGACGCUCAAAGUACUAUCAGAGGAGCACCAUCUUGAAAAUAGAUCGUCCAGGGUUUCGUAGUACAACUUUGGAGAAUGGAUAGUUUUUAAGUUACAUCAUCCAGUCGGUUAAACUUAUUUAUGGAAGUUAAAUGUUGAUGGUAAUUUUCUUUUACUUUCUUUGUGACAA